UUUGCCUAUGAUUUGAUAUAAUAAUAAUGCGUUUAAUUUAAAAAUAUUAUUGUUUUCUAAUCCAAAGUGUAGGUAAUUUUACCGAAGAAAUGGUUUAUUUACUUUUCCCAACAAGCUUGACCGACGAGGAACUCAUGUUGCAAAACAAAUAUCAAAAAUUAAGAAAAAAAAAAAAAGCGUUGCAAGUACAAAAAACUCCACGUCCCGAACCAGAACCCUCUCCCGUUCUCAAUCCAAAGAGACCGAAAGAAACGGCUCGUGACGCUAGAGAAAUAGCUAAAAAACUGCUGAAGUCUGGAGCUAUUGGGCCGAUCAAAAAAGUGCCUAAUCGCACGGAUCAGGAAUCUUUCAAAAGACCAUGUGGUAUGGAACGAAAAAUAUUGUCUACACCUCCAAUACUGACUAGUUAUCAACCGUUCUCGGCGGCGUCCCCGGCUAAGAACGAAGUUAUAGAAAGUCCUCCAAAACCUUUAACUAAAUUUUCUAAUUUAUACGAAAACUUUGUUUCCUCGACAUCAAAGACUACAGUACCUACGAUACCGAAUUCUCCUGAGCAUGUUCCAGAACCACCACGUAAAGGUAUCACUAUAUUUGUCGGAGGUAGCAGUUCUCUUACCGAAGAAUUCCUAAGGAGUACAUUUAUCAAAUUUGGCACAAUAAUUAAUAUAUCAAUGGAAAUUGAAAAAAAUCGAGGUUUCAUAACAUUCAACUCAUCGGAUAUCGCUGAUAGAGCAGUGUCUCAAAUGAACAAUACCACAGUAUCUGGCAUUAAAUUAAAAGUAUCCAUAUCUCGUAAUCAACCAAUCGAGUGCAAUGAAAAAGGUGUUAACGCGUGGCACGCUAUAGCAACAAAUAAAUCACAAAAAGGAAAUCAACGAGAUGACCGUACAUUAGUAUCGUAUGACGACAUAAAUUUAUUUUAAAUAUAUAUUUUCAAUACAUUCGAUAAACAAAUAUGUUUUUUUUUUUGUAUAUGUACUGAUUGCUGUGUGCAUAUCUACAUUUAUAAACAUUAAUUAAUUUAAUAUGUAUAUUAUUAUGCAACAUGUUUUUUUUUAUUAUGUAUAUUGUACAUACUCAAAUAAAUAUAAUAUAAC